AUGUUGCCACCCGGAGAGGAAGAUUUUCAAUUCCGAGGAAUUGUUAAUCUCAUCUGUGCAAGAAUGUCAGAUUCAGGUGGACCUAAAACGUCCGAGCAAGAAUCUCAACCGUCUGAGCAAGAAUCUAACUCGCAACAAGCCAUGGUGAAGGACGUGUCAACGACGGUGAAAAGGGCGGUGGAUUUAGUGAACAACGCGGAGGCCAUGUCGGCAGAGUCGGCGAGAAUCGUGGAAGAGGUUGAAGCAAUAGUGGGAAUAGUGUCGGCUUACGGGCCAGGCGCAGCGGCAGACGCAGAUCCAUCGUCGUGGGAUUCGGUUGUAAGACUGGUGGAAAAUUUGGAGUUGCUGGCGGCGAGCGCGAGGCAGAUGGCGGAGAAGGCGGCGGACAUGAUGCAAGACGCUAAUGCCAAGACGGAGACGGCAAGGGCAGAGAUGGCCAAGGCGUUGGUGGUGAUGAAGAAUGUCAAGUGGAACGUGUAA